AUGCCUCAACGCGAUCCCAACUCUCCUCAUGCCAUUGCCCGUCGCCAAGCGUGUCGCAACCCGAUAGACAUCUCGUGGAAGCCCAAGGCCGCAAAGCCGCUACCCAUCCCCGCUGAAUCCAGGGCGAUAGACAAGGCGAAAGUCAUGUGCUUCGGUUUGCGGCUUCUCAGAUCCUGCUUUGUGCUUAACACCAAAGGGUACGGCAGAGUUAGCAGAGUCCAGGGAAGCCCUGAACUGUCACAGCUCUCCCUCUCUCUCUCCAGCUCUGAUCCUAGCUCCGUCCGUCAAUCUUCUGCCGUAGCACGGGCAAGCUUCAACCCCGCCUCUCGCAAGUUCCCUCCCGAGGUGAAUCCCGCGCGCCGCGCAACUGCCAGGGGACCUGGCCAGGGCACCAACAGCCUCACAUCUCAUGCCCUUGCCCGAGACCUCUUGACCUCGGAAGGGUGA